GGGGAGAGAGGUGGUGGCGAGUAGCAGCGUAGUGGAGCUUCUUGUGGAGGCAGACGGAGUUUCACCUCCUGCCUGUUACCAGCAAGAGCUUCAGAGCAGACAGGAGCCUCCUUUCGGACUGAAGCGGAGUUUGGUUUUUCUAUUUUUUUAAUCCUGGUUUACUUUUCACUUCACCGCUGGGUUUAAGGGAUUCGCUUUGUAGCCCGGUUCCUCCCACCCCAGGUCCCGGUUAGUGAGGUUACACCGGAGAGCAGCGCACGUCAGCGGACUAACACGAGAGCAGAAUACGGAGCUGUACAGGUGAAUGAACUGGUUUUAAGCCACCAGGGGAGCCGCGCGCAUCAACACUGCUCUGCAGCAUCAAUAGCACCUAUUCAGUGUGCAGCAGCAUGCAGUGAAAGGAAAUCUUUAGAUGCUUUCCCACAUCAGACAGUGAGGAAAGGGGUUGGAGGAGAGGAGGGUUUAUAUGGAAGAAUUGUUGGAUUUUCAUCACCAUCACCCCGUCGUUACAAACUUGUGUCCAGGAUGGGGAAGGAGCAGGAGCUGCUGGAAGCCGCCCGUACUGGGAAUGUCGCCUUGGUGGAGAAAUUGUUAAGUGGAAAGAAAGGAAUACUGGGGUCAGGUUCCGGCUCCAUCCCUCUUCCCAACCUACUGAGCAUGUGGAAGGGCCUGAACGUGAACUGCACAGACAGCUCAGGAUACACACCUUUACAUCAUGCUGCACUCAAUGGACAUAGGGAUGUGGUACUGAAACUGCUCCAGUUUGAGGCGUCGACAAACGUGCCUGACAGUAAGGGCUGUUUCCCUCUACACCUGGCUGCCUGGAGGGGGGACGUGGACAUCGUCGGUAUCCUUAUACACCAUGGCCCUUCGCACUGCCGUGUCAAUCAGCAGAACCAUGAGCGGGAAACAGCUCUCCACUGCGCUGCCCAGUAUGGACACACUGAGGUGGUUUCAGUGUUGCUUCAGGAGCUGACUGACCCCACCAUGAGAAACAAUCGACAGGAGACUCCUCUGGACCUGGCAGCACUUUAUGGACGACUGCAGGUGGUCCGCCUGUUGGUGAAUGCUCACCCAAACCUCAUGACCAGCCACACUCGUCUACAUUCACCGCUUCACCUGGCUGCACGCAACGGACACCACAGCACCAUCCAGACUCUGCUUGAGGCCGGCAUGGACGUCAACUGUGUGACGGAGAAUGGCAGCGCCCUUCAUGAGGCGGCGCUCUUUGGGAAGAUGGAUGUAGUUCGCCUUCUGCUUGACUCAGGAAUCAACACCAGUCUCAGAGACAGUCAGGGGAGAACAGCUCUGGAGAUUCUGAGAGAACAUCCUGCACCCAAAUCCCAGCAGAUCACUGCUCUGAUUCAAGACUACAUGAUGGACGAGAUGGACAAACAGAAUGUUGUGAAAGAGCCUGUCCGUCAGUGUCCUGUACCUGCACCUCGAACCUCCGUCCCCUCGCCAGCUGCCUCUCCGUCCCUCAGACACAAGAAUGAUGCUGUGACAAGUGAACUUUCUAAACUUCUACAUGAGAUCAAGAAGUGCCGGGACAGAGACUACUCCUUUGAGGAGCUCUGCCACACCAUCUCCUCCCACUCCAUGGACAGUUUUGGCAGUGGACGGCUGUCUGACGAGGAGCGCCCAGAGAGACCCAAUGGCACCCUGACUCGAAUCAGCAAGAGGUCAACCCCACCUCUUGCUCCUGCCGUGGAGGAUGAGGAGGCAGAAAAGUCUUGUGGCCCAUCCGGAUUCUGGGAGGCCUUCACGCCUUGCAACGGCUGCCGUAACCUGGGCUUUUCCAGUCCGUCACAGGAUUCAAAGCGCUCAGCAGAGAUCAUCGCCUCUCCGUCGCUGGACGUUUUCCUGCCUGAAGACGAAGACAACCCGUACGAGUCUGUGACGACCGCCGUCACACGCAAACCCAGCUCCCUCGACAUCAACCACCGGCUCAACGCAUGUCCGCGCAAUGGUCACCUGUCCCAUGUACCAGUGAGUGAGGGGGAGCACAGUAACCAUGACAACUGCUCAACUGGCCCCACACCAGACUGCUCACCCCCCUCCCCCGACACGGCCCUGAAAAACAUCGAGAGAGUCAUCCGCCCACAGCCCAAGCAGCGCACCUCUCUGUCCUCAUCCCUGGAUGUCCAGAGGCCAGUCAACCACAGCUGUGAGCCCAGUGAGGUGAGCUCUUCCCUGGGCUACGCCAGCUUCAGCACCAGCCCCCCUGCCAGCCCCCCACUCAGCCCCAAUCAGGAGGACUCAGCAGGCUCCAACGACGACUGUCACCUCACAGAAGACGGGCCAUAUCAGCGGGAUCCACCUCCUCCCCCUCUUAGCGCUUCAUCCAAAUCAAACCCUCUGCUGGAGGAACACAGGAAGAGCCACAUCCCAGAGGAGUUUGCAGGCCUUCUUCAUGGAUCUUCCCCAGCUUGUGAGCCCCCUGAUACACCUUACCACCUUUAUAGCCCCAAACAUUUUAAAUAUACUUCUGCAGAUGCCCAGAGCAGCCUGCUGCAGACCCCAGAGUUCAGCAUUGUGAUUGGUGGAGGAGCGUCUCAGGUUUUCUCCAGGACAGGGCGUGAGUCAUCACCUCAAAGGUUGGCCGGUGACUCCCAAAAACCACAGGUUGUGUAUAGGACUAUUUUCCACACCAGGGUCAACCAGGACCAGGCUCAACCCAGGAACUGCGAGCAGGUGGAUCAGUCUCUUGGUUGGCCUUUGCUGAGCCACCCAUCAUCUUAUUUAUCUGGGCAAAACGGAGACGUUCCAGAGCUACAGGGGAGACAGACAGGAGGCGUGGCCAAGGACGGUUCAUCAGGGGCUGGCUACGAAGAGAGGGCCUGUACUCUGGGUAGGAUGAGGUCCAUGCCUCGCAGCGUUUUGGACUUGCAGCUGUCAAAGUCUCUGUCCAAGUCCGAUUCUAACCUUGUGGCUGUGUCCCCUGUUCAGGAAGAGCACAGUUGGGGGUCUGGAUCGCGGGGCCAAGGCCCUGGAAGUCCCAGCUCACGGGAGGGUCCCAGCCCUGGACGACUGGAGCGAACGCCAUCCUUCACCGCUGAGUGGGAGGAGAUUGACAAGAUUAUGAGCUCUAUUGGCGCAGGAAUAGGCAGCGGAUUGGAAAUCAAGGAGGAUGCCUCAGGUAAACCACACGCAAGUCCCCGCUGCCCGCUGCAGUCCGUGGGCCAGUGGCUAGACUCCAUCGGCCUGGUCCAGUAUGAGAACCACCUGCUGGCCAAUGGAUUUGACAAUGUCCAGUUUAUGGGCAGCAAUGUGGUGGAGGAUCAAGACCUGUUGGAAAUUGGGAUCCUUAACUCAGCUCACAGACAACGCCUGCUGCAGGCCAUAAGGCUGCUUCCCAGGGUGAGACCGAUCGGUUAUGAUGGCAACAACCCCACGUCGGUGGCAGAGUGGUUGGACUCUUUGGAGCUUGGCGACUACACCAAGACUUUCCUCAUCAACGGCUACACCUCCAUGGACCUGGUCAAAAAGAUAUGGGAGAUUGAGCUUAUCAAUGUGUUAAAGAUCAGUUUUAUUGGGCACAGAAAACGGAUCCUAGCCUCAUUGGGGGACCGGCUACACGAAGACACGCCACAAAAACCACCACGGGCCAUCUCCUUAAGGGAACCCGGGGGAAACCACACUCCUCCCCAGCUCAGCCCUUCGGUUGGCCAGGCAGCGUACACGGCGGGGGUCCCCGGCGGAUCUCUAGACGUGCAGCACCUCAUCAUGCAGGCAGACGCCCGGCGCAGGCAGCGUAGCAAUGACAACUACUUUGAGGACGUGCCGCGAUCCAAGCUGGAGCGACAGAUGGCUCAAGUCAGCAUGGCAGGCGAAUGGUGUGAGCCAAUAACGUUGCGUCCACCCAAUGAGGCGACUUCGUCCACUCCUGUGCAGUACUGGCAGCAUCACCCUGAGAAGCUCAUCUUUCAGUCCUGUGACUAUGAAGCCUAUUACCUGGGCUCCAUGCUGGUGAAGGAACUGAGGGGAACAGAGUCCACACAAGAUGCCUGUGCCAAGAUGAGGUCGACGGAACAGAUGAAGAAAGUACCGACCAUCGUGCUCUCCGUGUCCUACAAAGGAGUGAAGUUCAUCGACGCCACAAAUAAGAACAUCAUAGCUGAACAUGAGAUCCGCAACAUCUCGUGUGCGGCUCAGGAUCCAGAAGAUCUGUCUACGUUUGCCUACAUUACCAAAGACCUCAAAUCCAGCCACCACUACUGCCACGUCUUCACUGCUUUCGAUGUGAACCUCGCCUAUGAGAUCAUCCUGACGCUUGGCCAGGCCUUCGAGGUGGCCUACCAGCUGGCUCUGCAGGCCAGGAAGAGUGGUCACGGCUCGUCCACGCUUCCAGAAAGCUUCGACAGCAAGCCUGGAAAACCUGUUCCCAAACCUCGCGUCAACAUCCGUAAAUCGAUGGAGCAACCGUCCAUGGACCAGAAGGGCCACGCCAACGUGCCGUGGAUUGUGGAGCCAGGUCAGGAGGCCAAGAGAGGAGUCAACACCAAGGCAAUGCCGGACGCUCAUGUCUAUUACUGUGGAAUGCAAAGAAUGUAGCCAGCCCUAAACAUGGACCUUGUCACACAUACAAUGCAAAAAGGACUACAAACAUGGAUGCUACUCCAGUGUUUAAGGUUGACUACAAAAAAUUUACAUUCAUCCACAUGAUGCUUGACACAGUAAUCAUCGGACCAAUAUAACACACACGCACACACACAAACAGGACUGCAGCCUGACAGAUGGCCGUCUGCUAUGAAUGUACACUAAUUUGAAAGCAGCCUCAGCUCUCUCCCGCUACACCAGGAUCCGUUUUAUGCACCCCCACCUGGGAGGUUUGAACUUUGUGUGGUCAGCAUCUCCACGGAGGCUAUGGUUGAGGUUACAGGGCACCUGUUGAUAAGACAAUGGGCUUGGCUAAAGCGCCAUUGGGCAUGUUACAGUAUUGGCUCUUUAUUUUCUUUAACGUCAGAAAAUAAUACAUAUGCACAGGCGUGUAAAUCUGAUUGGACUUGCUGCAAUGACACACGUGAUGCAACAGGUGUCAUAAUGAAUGAUGAACAAAACUGCAUCUAGUGUUAAAAAAAGUGUUCGUAUUGCCCGACAUUUUAAUGUUUAUUAUGAGAGUACUAUAUUACCAUGAUGAUUAUUCUUGUGCAAUUCUUGUCUACUGUUGUCUUAAUGUUACAUUAUUUUUCUAUGAUAUGCUGAGAUGAAAACCUUGGGCCUAAGAAUGAUGGCAAUCCUUUAAAAAAAAAAAAAAUCAGUAAAUAUCUGGAACUAGAUGUUCAUACUUUGUACAGAGAGUGAAUGUUGCAGGUUGCUUGCUAACUCCUAGGUCAGGUCAACCUCCAUUUCUCAUGGGGCUCUACUCUUACCUUGCAGAUGUACUAUUUUAAAAAAAACAACUCAGUAUUACUGUAUUAUUUGGAUGACACAUUAUCCAGUUAUAAAAUGUAUAUAGAUAUUUUGCCAACUCAUUGUUCAUACAUGUAAAGAGAAAAGAAUAAAGCAUUUGCAGUAAAUGGCACUGGAAACAAGGUACCAGAAGAAUAAACGUUGGACAUUUAAAAACAUAAAAAUAAGAAGUGCUAGGUUGUGGAGGUUGUAUUUUGAGUGAUAACAUGGAUUAUUUUGUGACAUCACUGCUGAUCAACUAAUGUACAUAGGCUUGGGCUUCCAGCACACUGAUUUUUGUAAUUUUGGCCAUUAUUUAUAUCCUUGUAAAGCACAUUAAAUAAAAUCUGACUUGUACAACCA